AUGGCCCCAUUCUCGCCGUUGAGGGAUGCCAAUUUCGAAGGAUCUGGGCCACAGGAGUUCACCUGGGCUCUCCGAUGCAUCCACCUAGUCGCAGGCCGCGGAUCCCAGCCGAUCGGCUGCAGGCUGCAUUCAUCGACAUUGGGGCAAAGCCAACGCAAGUAUGAGGCGUUGUCAUAUGCGUGGGGCGAUCCAACGAAAGAUGUCGAGAUUUCGCUGGAGGGACAGCCCUUCAUGAUCACCAAGAAUCUAGAGACGGCAUUGCGUCGUCUACGGUUGCCGAAUGAAAACCGUACGUUGUGGAUCGAUGCAAUCUGCAUCAAUCAACACGAUCGUGCCGAGGUUAAUCUCCAGGUCAAGAGGAUGUGGUCGGUGUACAGAUACGCGUCGAAAGUCAUUGUCUUUCUUGGAGAGGGGACAGCCGAUACCAAACACGCUGUCGAGCUGAUAAAUAUCUUGUCAAAGGGGGGAAUAGGGCUUAGCCAUCGACGCGUUACGUCUUUACUCUUCACCAAGAAUGCUCAGCCUGCAAAGCAAGCUUUACGAAGCUUGAUGAGCGGUGCAUGGUGGAGCAGAGCCUGGGUCAUUCAAGAAUUCUCAGUUGCGGCGGAGGUUGCCUUCGUCUGUGGUGACCUUGAGUGGUCCGGUGAAUCCUUUUCCGAAGCAUUGAGGACGCUCGUAGACGUCAGAUUCAACGCAGCCCUGCCGCGCGGUCAGGGAUACUUCAUGAGAGAGAUCGCUUCGACACCAAUAAGUCAUCUGAUGACAGCCCGCAGAGACUACCAAGACAGCCAUUCGAAAAAUUCCAAAGGCGCCCCCACAAGAGACCCGCUCAGUCUUCUCUACAGGUUUCGGAGCUUCAAAGCUUCAGACCCCAGAGACAAAGUAUACAGCUUAUUCCAUCUAAUCGGAGAGAUCUCGCUCCUACAACCAAACUACAGCCACCCGGUCAGAGAUCUCUACAUAGAUGUAGUCAAAGCUUCCAUCACUUCAUCGGAAACUCUCGAGAUUCUCUGUCAUCAUAACAGGACAGAAAACUGCAUGCUUGGCUUGCCAACCUGGUGCCCUGACUGGACCGUGCAACGAGGCCAGAGAAUUCUCCUGUGGCAGAACGAUUACGCAGCUGGGGGCGAUGGGAGCAAAACUUCGGCAAGGUUUGAAGGAGAUGAACUGCAACUGGACGGCAAGGUCAUGGAUAGAAUUGAGUGGGCGGUGCCGUUCGAGCCGAAGAUGUUCAGGAAACCCGGUUUGGUCUUUGACCAGAUCAUGACACUCCAAGCUCGGGUGUUAGAACGGGCGCCUGAAUUUCCCAAAGAGAGGAAGACAACUGCAUCGUUGGCCGAAAAAUUCAGAAGAACUUUGGUGGGAUCUCGCAUCAGGGUAAGAGGGCCGCGUCACGAGGCGACGGUUCUCGGCCAACAUGAAGCUGACAAAUUCUGGGAUGCUUGGUACAGUUCGAUGAUCGACCAAGGGUCAUCGGGACUGCAUGGGACUGCUAAGACCUAUAAUGAUGCUCUAUAUAGCGCACUAGCUGGAAGAGUCUUCUUCAUUUCCGAGAAGGGCUGCAUGGGGCUGGCUGACAACCCGGCACAGGCCGGCGACGUGCUCGGUAUCUUCGCCGGUAGCCGCGUCCUCUUCUGUCUAAGAGAACAGUCGACAAAAAGUCCAAAGACCACGGGAAAUUCGAGACGCAAGUUCAAUCUAGUUGGUGAAUGCUACUUGCAUGACUUCAUGCAAGGCGAAGGCAUUCCCUCUGGAGAGAUUCUGUCACCAAUCUAUCUGACAUAG